AUGUCGAACAAACUCGACUUCACGGACGUCCUACCUCUUCCGAAUUCAUCGGUUAAGAUCCCGCGACUUGGGUUCGGUGUCUAUCGCUCCCCAGCCGCGCAAACCACAAAGUCGACUCUCAAGGCGCUUGAGGCAGGAUAUCGACACAUAGACACAGCGCAAUUCUAUGCGAACGAGAAAGAGGUUGGGGAGGCGAUCCGAAACUCCGGUCUUCCCCGCAGCGAAAUCUUCGUGACCACUAAGAUCCUCGCCCCCGCGGGUUCGCCUGAAGAAACCUACAAAAAGAUAUCCGACAGCGUGGAUAAGAUUGGUGGCAAGGAUGGAUACGUGGACCUUUUUCUCAUACACAGCUCUAGCUCCGGGUCGGCUGGCCGCAAGGAGCUUUGGCAGGCGUUGGAAAGGCUGCUAGAGGAAGGCAGGACAAAGAGUAUCGGAGUCAGCAACUUUGGCGUGAAGCAUAUUGAAGAACUGAAGCCAUUCGCAAAGGUCUGGCCGCCACAUGUCAACCAGAUUGAGCUCCACCCAUGGUCACAGCAGCGGGUAAUCGACGCGUACUGCAAGAAGCACGGAAUAAUCGUCGAGGCGUAUUCGCCAAUCGUUCGAAAUUACAAGGCCAACGACCCUACCCUCGUCGAACUUGCCAAGAAGUACAACAAGGCGACACAACAAGUUCUGAUACGCUACGCAUUGCAAAAGGGAUGGGUCCCGCUACCAAAAACGGAUGACCCGGAGCGCAUUGUUUCCAACGCCGAUGUAUUCGACUUCGAUAUCUCCGAUGAGGACAUUGCUGUGUUGAAUGCACUGGAUCAGGGAAGUGCGGGGGCCAUAGUAGAGGCUGUUGAGAACGAGUAG